GUAUAAGUAUAUAUUUUGUAAGUCAAUUUAAACUCGUCUCAGCUGGUGAGCAUGAUCUUUCUACAGUUCUGGUGGACCCUAAUGGUGCUCACAGGCACCACCAAUACCCUGGCACCGCAGGCAGAGCCGCAGGCGGGCAGCGAACAAUUGCGCAGCUUUCACAAUUCCGUGCAGGAGGCGCACGAGCAGCUGCACGAGAUUCGCUCCAAUUAUGGCGAUGUGCAGGGCGCCGAGCUAUAUAGGCAUAGACGCAACAGCAUAGACGAUCUGCUGGCCAGUUUCGCACAGGCCGGCGAAAAGGAAAUCGCGCCGGAGAAGGAUGACAAGGAGCUGCAGCAGGCGGCCGAUGAUUGGUUUCGUGAUAUGCAAGCGGGCGUGGUGCAUGUGUUGCCAGCAGCAGGUGCGGGGGAAGUAGCCGGAAAAGCCGGCGGAGCCGCAGCAGCAGGAACAAAUGAGGAUGCAGUAGCAGCAGCUGCUGGCGCAGCAGAGGAAACCUCAGCGUUGGUUGAUUCCGCCUCCGGCAAAUACUCACGCGGCACUGAGAAGCUCAAGUCCAGGGUGUAUGGGGACAGCUAUGGGAAAGCCAUGGAGCAAACCGAGAUGGGCAAGGUUAAGAAAAAGUACCAGGACUUGACGGAUAUGAAUCUGCCCGUCAAACAUUUGCCCGAGAAGCAGCCGUACGAGGUGAUACGCGGUGGCGCCACCGAGCUGGACAUAAAGCUGAAGCAUGUGCAGCGGCUGCUGCACAAUCAGGAGAUGGAGCAGAGUCGAGCAGAGGAGCGAAAGCAGGCCAAGUCAAACAAGGAGGCCGGCCAGCUGCCACAGUAUGGCGAUGAGCCAGUGCCCGAUGGUGUCUACGAACAGACGCUGGCACGCCUCCAGGUCGCGCGCGUGUCCAAUCCCAACAAUCUGUCACACGAGGCCAACUACAAGCUGUCCAAGAUCGAACAAGAGGCAGCCGAGCAAUCGGCCAAAACGCGCUAUCCCAGCGGCAUCCUCAAGAAGCGCAGCUCCACCAGCGGCUUCAAUCCGAUGAACGAGAUCAAGCUGAAGACGAGCAACAGGCUGAUGCGCAAGGGCAUGGGACCCUCGCUGCCCAGCAAUGCGCUCACGGAUACGCUGCGCGCCCACUACGUGGACGAUAUAAUAAUGCGACGCGAGCGGAAGCUGGAGCGGGAGCGUCACAAGGCACAGCAGCAGCAGCUGCAGCAGCGGCAGCUGGAUGGCGAGGAGGAAAAGAUUUCACCGGUAUCAUCAUAUGAUACGCUCAACGCGCUCGAUAGCAGUGUCGGCUCCAGUCUGGAUGCCCCGAAUGUCCAUUUAAUGGACAUGCCCCAAAGCUACGAUUAUCAUUUGCCCCAUUUUGAACAGUUUCCCGCGCUUAGUCAGCAGCGCAGCUUGCCCAAUCUGCGGGACUAUGCACAUGCGAAUGCCAAGCUGAAGGUGGAGCGAGAUCGCUACAAGCGUCAUCCGGAGCAGCUGCUGGAAACUGAUGCCCAGCUGGAGCAGAGUGAAGCCGGCUUGGCUAAGGCAGAGCAAGGUAAGGACAAACUGCCAGAGGCGGAGGAUCUAAUGGCCAAGCUGUCUGCCCCUGCGGCAGCAGGCGACAAAGUGCAGGCCAAGCUGGACAUGGCACAAGCUAAUGCGGCCAAAGAGGAGCAACAAACAGCAGCUGUCAAAGCCGAAGCCGUCGAUCCCAUUGUGGAGCCCAAGCCGCAGGGUCACACACAAGUCAAGGAAAUUGCAACGGAUGUCCAGUCAGCGGAUAAGCAACUGCAGGCGGUCAAUGUUAAUGAGCCCAAACAGCUGCGGGCACAGGCGCAGAUGCAGAUGCCGGAGACUCAACUAAUCAAUGAAGCCAAAUCGCAGUUGGUGAACAAGGCGCAGCCGAUGGGUCAGCUGGCGGCCAAGCAAAAGGACGAUGGCUUACAGAAGGCCAACAAUGGCAAGCUGAAGCGAGAGCAGCCACAUAAAGUGGCAGAGCUGGGGCCACGCAGCGGCAUCUGCAAGAGUCAUCCGGAUGCCGUAGUCAAGCUGCUGGCCAACAAGAUCUCACAGCAUUCCAGCGACAAGGAUCGCGACAAGCGUCACAUCAAGCGCUGGAGCUGGCACAGAGUGCAUCGCCAGAAGGCCAACCACAAUGCCAACGUGGCCAAUGAGACGCCACAUUAUAAGCGACGCAGCAAACGUUCUGUGGAUCAGGCGCCAGUGGAGACACAAGCGGAGCCACUGUCAGAAGGACAGUCGGAUCCACAGACACGCACGCACGCGGAGGGACAGUCAGAGGGUCUGUCGGAGCCACAGGUGGCGGGACAGUCGGAGGGGCAGUCCGAGUCCCACUCGGAGGGACAGUCGGAUGCACUAUCGGAGCCACAGCCGGAGGGUCAGUCGGCGCCGCAAUUGGAACCAGAGCCAAGAUCUAAAAGACAACCAAAGUUGGAGCCACAAGCCGAGGCACAGUUGAAGCAACAGGCGGCUGCCGAGGCAAAUGCACAGAUGGGGCCACAAGCACAAUCACAGUCGGAUCUUCUGCCGGAGGAACAGUCGGAAGGGCAGUCGAAUAGACCGCCACAGUCCCAGGCAACGCCGGAGUCACAGUCGGAGGCACAGUUGGACGCACAGUUGAAUCCACAAUUAGAGCCGCAGCCACAACUGGAGCCGCAAUCUGAGGCACUGUUGGAGCCGCAGGACGCCAGGAAGCGCAGCUCGAAGCUGUUGGAUUCCUUUGAGGAUCAUAAUGGCAAUCGCGUGGGUUUUGGCAGCUUGGGCAACGGCAUGUUAACGCUAGAAACAGAGGAGGACAACGAGGGCGAUGGCCUGCCCUAUCCGCGACAUCAGCGCUCGAUCUUUAAGAAAGAGGAAGCAGCACAGGAAGUGGGCACCGUUGAAAGCAAUACGUUCUCCAAUUCGCGUUAUCAGGUGCCCAUGAUGAAUCAGCGCAACAAUAACUUGGUCUAUCAGCAGCAGCAGCAGCUACAGCAACAUCAACUACAACAGCCGCAGCCUUUUGUACCGCAGCAACAGUUGCUACCGCAACAGCUGCAGCCAUGCCAGCCGCAAGUGUUGCAGCGACAACAGCCGCAACAGCAGCAGCUGCAGCUGCAGCAACAGCAACAGGCCAACAAUUUUAAGGCCAACUUUAAUUUGACGCACUUGUUCAACGAGCUGUCCAAGCUGCAGAAGCCGCCAUUGGCGCAGCAGCAGCAAGAGCUGCAACAGCAGCAGCAACAGCAGCAGCAACAGCAACAGCAGCAGCCACAGUUGCAUCAGCAGCAGCAGCAACAGCUUAUGCCACAGCAGCAUCAGCAGCAGCAGCAGGCGGCGGCGACAAGUCUGGAAACCAAUCAACUGAAACCCUUGUAUGGCGUGCAUCGUUAUUUCGGGCCACUCUUCAACAAGGGCAACAAGCUGAACGUGGUGAAUGAUCCUUGCGUAACAAUAACAGCAGCGGGAACAACAGCUGCUGCAGCCGGCGGCAGCACCUUAAAUCCGGACUGUGUGCCCAUCUCAACCGAAGCAACUGGAACCACUGCAAUACCAGCCGGAGAAGAGCAACAGGCAUCGAAUCCCUGCAACAGUCCCGAUGCAGUCAAGCUGAAUGUGUCCCUAAAUGCGCGCGUCUGCUCCGAUCCGCGAACCAAGCAAAUCUAUGGCAACGGUUCGAUUUGUGUGCAGCCAAGCCAGCAGCGACUCAAUGCGGACGCCUACUAUACGCUGCAGGAUGCACUGGUCGAUGACAACGAAGAGGAUCUGGACAGCGAGGAGCGUUACUCGCGGCAGGCCAGGCAGCGCAGCGAGGAGGAGUGCAAGGACAGGCGCAAGUCGAAGGGCAAAAAGGGUCACGCGCCGGGCGGCAAGCGGGCCGAAAAGAAAAAGUCAGCUGCCGCCAAAAAAGCUAAAGCCGAGCAGGCCAAGAGCAGCAGCAGCAAUUGCACGGGCGAUCCAGAUGGCAAGCCUGGCGCCGAGUGCACUGCGGGCGCUCGCAAAUUGGAUCUAAACGAACCAUAUUCCGAGAAUUAUAACAAGCUGCUAACGGGUCGACUGUCCGAGGAUAUUGUGACGGCUGUCUUCGAUAUGGUCGGCAACGAUCCCAGCCUGGAUGCGCUGAUCCCGGUGCUGACGCGUAACAACAAGUGCGCCGCGAAGCAUCCCAAGAAUUUCUAUCAGAUACGCAACAAUAAGAACGAGAAGGAUCUGCAGGAGAAGGAGGAAAUGCUGCGUCGCACCAUAGAGUCGAUUAGCGAUAUAAUCGAUAAGCAGAUGCAACAGCGCAAUUGCAUUCCAUUGCGUCCAGAUCUGGUCGAGUUCUACAACAUCAUCAUGAAAACGAUGGCCGAGCAGCAGAAGUCGCGUGACAAACGUGAGGCCAAUUUGCGUGUGCUCGCCGAUGAUUACGACCAGAAGUUGCGCAUCCUGGACCCGGCGAACAUUGAGCAAAAGUCACGUAUUGUCAAGAAGCUGUUGCGCCAGUACGAGGAACUGCCGCUGGAGGAGCAACAGCAUGCGGCCAGUGUGCGGGACGAGCUGCUCAUGGAUCUGAUCUAUUUGCGCAAAAUGUCGGACACGCUGGAGCGUGGGCAGCGCAAUGUCCAGCUGCAGAAUGUGCUGCGCAAGAGCAGCAUCAGUGACGAUGCCGAUGAUCAGCAGGCUUAUCAGGAUUAUACGCCACGCUUUAUCAAGCUGCUCAGGACGGCGGAGAUCUUCAAGGAGGUGGGCGAGCAGCAGGCAAGGGCUUUUAUUGGUCUUUAAAUCCAAUAUUUUUCUUUCUGUUUUUUCUCUUCAUUUGAUUAUUAAAAUUAUUCUAUUUU